AGUAAGUGGAACGCAAAGCUUUGUUUCGAGUUGACAGUCGGAGACAUACGCGGGCUGCACGAGUGGAGUGCUCGUCCCGGUUUGGCGUUGCCGCGGAAACUGAAAUAAUAAUAAUACUGUACAGGUCAAGAUGGCUGUUCCCCAACAGCCCAUAUCUAUAGCUGCGAACCUUGACUCUCAGACAUUGGUGGCUACUGUAAGUGGCAACAUUCAGAAACACAGCAUCAAGAAAAAGAAGGUGCUGAACACAGAAGAGAAUGACUUGUUUGAGCUCACUCAGGCUGCUGGCAUUGCAAUGGAUCAAGAAGUCUUUAAGGUGGUUCUGGAUCUGCUGAAGAUGAACGUGGCUCCCCUGGCAGUGUUUCAGAUGCUAAAAGCGAUGUGCGCUGGUCAGCGAGUAAGUGAUGCCUCAUCUGCAGAGAGCUUACCCAACGCUCACCAGUCCGGGCUGCCAGAAUCCAGAGUUCGUUUCCCUGCCAAGACCAGUAAAAUCCCUGCACCUCUCUCCUUUUCCUCUGUCCUUCGGCCUACAAGAUUAGCCAUUAAGAAUGUGGUCUGCAGUCCUGCUGAUGCAUCCUCACCUCUCUCUCAAGGUCCCCCUGGUUCCUUCCAGUUUUCUUGCUGCCUCUUUUCACCUUUUACAGUGAGAAGCAAAUCAAGUUGUGUGCCAGCGGGCGGCCAGGCCCCAGCAGAAAGGAGCAGCAGCAGCCGUGACAGCUCAGGCCAGCGUGUUCCUCGGCAGCCCAGCGCCUCGAGACUUCAAAAAUCGGCAAAAUGCACAGGAGUGAACAGUAGUGCUCCGCAGCUUGCACCCAGCUAGUGCCACCUAAGCAGACGCACAAAGCCUGAAAGGGAUUCCACUGUACAGAAGCUCCAAUAAACCUCUUUUUACAAAAAUGC